AACAUGAUGGAGACCGAGGAGUUCAUACCGCCCCAGGAGUGCCCCGUUUUUGAGCCUACUUGGGAGGAAUUUGCCGACCCUCUGGGCUAUAUAGCCAGGAUCAGACCGAUCGCGGAGAAGUCUGGGAUAUGUAAAAUCCGCCCGCCUGUAGAUUGGCAGCCACCAUUUGCAGUCGAAGUGGACAACUUUCAUUUCACCCCUCGCAUCCAGAGGCUCAAUGAAUUAGAGGCUGAAACUAGAGUCAAACUUAACUACUUGGACCAAAUUGCAAAGUUCUGGGAGAUCCAGGGGUCAUCGCUCAAAAUUCCAAAUGUGGAGCGUCGAAUUCUGGACUUGUACACCCUGAACAAGAUUGUACUGGACGAGGGUGGAUAUGAGCCGAUCUGCCGAGAGAGGAGGUGGUCACGAGUGGCACAGCGAAUGGCAUAUCCCUCAGGAAAGAACAUCGGCUCCCUUUUGAGAUCCCAUUAUGAACGCAUCAUAUACCCUUUCCACAUGUACCAGUCUGGAGCAAACUUGGCGGAUUGUGGUGAGCGGCCUCGUUAUGACAACGAAGAGAAGGAUAAGGAGUACAAACCUCACAGUAUUCCGUUGCGACAGUCCGUGCAGCCUUCAAAAACCACCAGCUACGGGCGACGUGCGAAGCGCCUCACUCAGGAGGAUCCUGACAUCUCAGAUCCUGCCUCUCAAAGCUCCUCUCUGCCCCCCGAAACAUCACCACCCUGGCCUGAACCGACAGAAGAAGACAUAGAGAAGAACCCAGAGCUAAAGAAACUUCAGAUCUAUGGCGCGGGGCCAAAAAUGAUGGGACUUGGUCUGAUGGCAAAAGAUAAAAACCUGCGUAAGAAAGAAGGCGAUAUCCCAGACUGCCCCCCAACACUUGUGGUAAAGGAAGAGGUCGGUGUGGAGUCUGACACGGGCCACCAAUACAUCAAGCACGAGAGAUCUCUCAGCCCGGAGCCCUGCACCAAGAUGACCAUGCGGCUUCGUAGGAGUACCAAUAGUUCUCAGUUUGUGGAUUCCUUUGUCUGCCGCAUCUGCUCCCGCGGGGACGACGAUGAGAAAUUAUUACUGUGUGAUGGCUGUGAUGACAACUACCACACCUUCUGCCUGCUGCCCCCUCUUCCGGAGCCCCCAAAAGGCAUUUGGCACUGUCCCAAAUGUGUUAUGGCAGAAUGUAAACGGCCCCCUGAAGCCUUUGGCUUUGAACAAGCGAAGCGGGAGUACACCCUGCAGAGUUUUGGCGAGAUGGCCGAUUCUUUUAAGGCCGAUUAUUUCAACAUGCCGGUUCAUAUGGUGCCCACAGAGCUGGUGGAGAAGGAGUUUUGGCGUCUGGUGAACAGCAUAGAGGAGGAUGUUACCGUGCAGUACGGAGCCGACAUUCACUCCAAGGAGUUUGGCAGCGGCUUCCCCAUGCUGGACGGGAAAACAGAGCUGACCCCUGAGGAGAAGGCAUAUGCCACCAGUGGCUGGAACCUGAAUGUGAUGCCCGUGCUGGAGCAGUCCGUGCUGUGCCACAUCAAUGCAGACAUUUCUGGCAUGAAGGUGCCCUGGCUGUAUGUGGGCAUGGUGUUUUCUGCUUUUUGUUGGCACAUCGAAGAUCACUGGAGCUAUUCCAUCAACUAUCUUCAUUGGGGCGAACCCAAGACUUGGUACGGGGUACCAUCCUCUGCGGCCGAACAGCUUGAAGAAGUCAUGAAGAAACUGACCCCGGAGCUCUUUGAGAGUCAGCCAGAUCUCCUGCAUCAGUUGGUCACGCUAAUGAACCCCAACACACUAAUGUCUCAUGGUGUUCCGGUUGUUCGCACGAACCAAUGUGCCGGAGAGUUUGUCAUCACAUUCCCAAGAGCCUAUCACAGCGGCUUCAACCAGGGCUACAACUUUGCUGAGGCAGUCAACUUCUGCACAGCUGACUGGCUUACAGCAGGCAGAAAAUGUAUUGAGCAUUACCGCCGCCUCCGGAGAUACUGCGUCUUCUCCCACGAAGAGCUCAUCUGCAAGAUGGCUGCUUGCCCUGAAAGACUGGACCUUACCCUGGCUGCCGCCGUACACAAGGAGAUGCUGCUGUUGGUGCAGGAAGAGCGGAGGUUACGAAAAGCAUUGAUGGAGAAGGGGAUCUCCGAAGCGGAGCGGGAAGCCUUUGAGCUGCUUCCUGAUGAUGAGAGACAGUGUCAGAAGUGCAAGACCACCUGCUUCCUGUCUGCAUUGGCCUGUUACAACUGCCCGCAGGGCCUGGUGUGUUUGUAUCACAUUGACGACUUGUGUCAGUGCCCACCUUCCCGACAGUAUCUCAGGUAUCGUUACACUCUGGACGAGCUUCCAGCCAUGUUACACAAGUUAAAGGGUCGCGCUGAAUCGUUUGACACCUGGGCAAAUAAAGUGCGUCGUGCUCUGGAAUUCCAAGAUGGCGGCAAGACAGAUCUGGAACAUCUUCGAGUCCUAGAAGAAGAAGCUGCGGAGAAAAAAUUUGCACAGAAUGAUUUGUUACAGGAGCUGAAAAAUACCACCAAAGAGGCCGAAUGGUGUAUAAGUGAGGCCCAGAAACUGCUCGAUACCCCACAUCCAGCCAGGAGUAACGCUGCAGCCAUGACUCUGGACAGUCUGCAAAAGCUUAUCCGUCGUAUCCAAGCUCUUCCAUGCGACUUGAAUCAGCUGCCAAAGCUGGAGGACCUUUUGGAAAAGGCAGAAGUCCUGCAAGAAGAGGCCAAGAAGUGUUUGCAGUCUCUGCCAGAUAGCGGCCCCCAGAUGCAGGACAUGGUGGAACGCUGCCAGGCUCUAGGAGUGCUCCCACCUGAAGCCGAGCAGCUGGAGCGGCACAUGCGCCAAGGGGAGUGGUUAUCGCGCGUGCGGGCGGCUCUUGUUGCCGGGAGGUCGGGCACCCUUCAGAAAUUACGUUCUCUGCUACAAGAAGCUGUUGAGGUGGCCGAGAGCCCUGCAGUGGAGAAAGCUCGCAGCGAACUGCAGGAACUUAUCGCCAUCGCUCUGCGCUGGGAAGAGAAGGCUCAGAUGUGUUUAGAGGCCAGACAUAAGCAUCCGCCUGCAACACUAGAGGCAAUCAUUAAAGAAGCCGAAAACAUCCCGGUGCAGCUUCCUAAUACGCUAAGCCUGAAAGAAGCCCUUUGUAAGGCCAGAGCCUGGAGCGCUGAUGUGGAUGAAAUACAGAGUGGGGAUCAUUACCCUUGCCUGGAUGACUUGGAAGGGCUGGUGGCUGUGGGUCGGGACUUGCCCGUGAAAAUGGAGGAGCUACAUCAGCUGGAGGUCCAAGUGACUGCUGCGCACUCCUGGAGGGACAAAGCGACCAAGACCUUCCUGAAGAAGAACUCGUGCUUCACCCUGUUAGAGGUGCUGUGCCCAAGUGCAGAUGUUUCCUCAAGCAAUGGGAAAAGGUCUCAGUUGAGGAAGGAGAAGGAACGGGGUUUGUAUCGAUCAGACCUAGAGAGUCUGGGGCUGUCUGCGCAGGACCUUCGAGACCCUGGCUGCAUAGUGUUGGCAUUUAAAGAAGGCGAGCAGAAGGAGAAAGCUGGCAUUCUGAGGUUACGGACCAUGAAUUCUUCCAACGAGAGACGUUGUACUUGUGUAUGCGGGGAGCCUCCGGGAGAACUAAUGCUUCGCUGCGACCUAUGCCAGGACUUAUUUCAUGGGCCGUGCGUCCCCACCCCCAGACUGACUUCUCAUCGUGGUACACACUCCUCCCCUCCUCCGACCUGGUGGGAAUGGGACAGUCACUUCCUGUGUCCGCUGUGCGUACGGUCACGCCGCCCUCGGCUGCAGACCAUCCUGUCUCUGUUGGUUGCUCUGCAGAAACUGCCCGUACGGUUGCCGGAGGGGGAGGCGCUGCAGUGUUUAACGGAAAGGGCGAUGAGCUGGCAAGAUCGAGCGCGCAGGGUCCUGGCCACCCCGGAAAUAUCAGCCGGCGCAGCAACUUUGUUGGAGAAAAGGCAGAAGUUGCAACACCACAAAGACCCUCAGGCACUGAGAGAGACGACCUGCAAUGAGCAGACUCCUCUUCCCCAUGAGAAUGGAGACUCGCACUUGGAGAAUGGCACUGCAAUGCCAGAUCUGGAUGCCAUGGCCGCUCUCCUCCCUCAAAUUGAAAGGGCUCCACUUCUGGAGAUGUCCAUCGGUUCUCGAGCACUGUUAGAAGACCUGAUCUUAGAAGGGGACCUACUCGAAGUUACACUUGAAGAAGAACUCAGUAUUUGGAAACUGCUGCAAGCGUCCCAGACGGCCUGUGUGGAGAGACUAAAGGCUCUUAUAGAAAUUGAGCGGUGUGAACGGAGGGCCGACCGACCGAAGGGAAAAGACCACGAGAAGAGGAAGAAGAGGCGAAGUGAGCGGCCGGAUGGGGGUUAUCCUCCACCAACAGUCCUGAAGGAGGAGGUGGGACCAAAGAGAAGUCGCAGUGACCGGGCACUGGACACGGCACCGGACAAGGAGAGCCCAAGGAAAGCGGGGACAGAAAGUAACCAGAAUGGAGAGCGCUUGUGACACUCGGCCUGAAGACCUGACACACUCUCUCUAAAGCUAGGAAGGUGACACUCCCACCACCAGACACACGUUCAGUUACCUCGCUGAAGAAUGGUGAGAGGCGACUGGGGGGGGUGAUGAGAUCCAGGACCCGCUCCCCCUCUACCUCUUACACAGCAUUCUGUUCUCCCUACUCCACUCAAGAUGGGGAUGUACCUCUCUGGGGACAUCUAGUGGACGCUGGUGCUAACUUCACAUGACAGUUGUCAGUACUUGCCUAUGGACUUGUGGACCCUUGGACACAUAAGGAGGGGGGGGUACCCUUUUCUAUAUAUCUCAAGCAAUUAUCCUGGCGAGUUUUCUGUAGGCCCCCCCUCCCCCCUGAAGGGAGUUGUGCUAGAGGCCCGAAUUGCCUGUCCUGCCCUGAAGGAACUUCACCCUGAUGAGCAUGUUUUAUUUUUACUCCCCCCCCCUUUGCCCACAAAAGCUUGAAGCCACAAGACCAAGACCAGCAUCUGGUGACACGUGGACGGGGGCUUCCGAUGUCACA